ACAAUUACCUGCUUAAUAUAUUAAGCAGCAAGCAGUUGUGUUAGAUAUUAAUCUUUUCUUUUGCUUCCCUUGACUAGGAAAAAGAAAAUGGAGCAGUGGUGGUGGUAUCUUUGGUUUUCAAUCAUCUCUUUGUUUGGUGCAAGUUUGGGGAACUGGAUUCACAGGUGGAGGAACCCUAAAUGCAACGGCAAACUCCCUCCAGGUUCCAUGGGACUCCCACUUAUAGGAGAGACCCUUAGUUUUUUUGUCACUUCCAACUCCAUUGACAUCCAUCCUUUUGUCGCUCAAAGAAUGAAAAGGUAUGGUUCAUUGUUCAAGACGAGUUUAGCAGGGAGACCAGUGGUGGUAUCAUUAGAUCCAGAUUUCAACUAUUUCGUGCUGCAACAAGAGGACAAACUUGUCGAACUAUAUUACAUGGAUUCCCUGGCCAAGUUGGUUCACCAAGACGACAUGAAAAACAUAGGUGGCGACUUCCACAAGUAUUUCAGGCGCGUCAUCCUCAGUCACUUCGGACAUGAGCCUCUGAAACACAAGCUGUUGUCUCAGUUUGAGGAUGUCAUAAACCAUGAAUUGCAGGACUGGAGCAAGCUGCCUCAGGUUGAUCUUAAACACCAAACUGCUUCUAUGUUAUUUAACACGGCCUCAAAGAUUCUGAUGAGCUGUGUACCAGAAGAAAAUUUAGGUCAUGAUUUGAGCGACAUCUUGCAAGGACUUAUGACAUUUCCCGUAUAUUUUCCUGGGACCGCUUUCUACAAAUGUCUAAAGAAGAAAGAGAAAGCAUUGAAGCUGACGAGUGGGGUGCUAGAAGAGAGAAUGAAUUUGUAUCCAACAGAUAAAGGAGAUUUGCUGGAGAAAAUGGUGGGAGACAUGGGAAAGGAAGCAGGCUUGACCAAACAAUUCGUCUCCCACGCCUUAUUUGGACUCCUUAUUGCCACCAUUGAGACUAUUGCCCCAACUAUCACUUUGGCUGCUAAGUAUCUAUUGGACAACCCAUCAGCGUUGCAACAUUUAACUGAGGAGCAUGAGAGAAUUGUGAAGAAGAGAGAAGAUGCCAAAUCUGGAGUUUCUUGGGAUGAUUACAAAUCCAUGACUUUUACUCAUUACGUCAUUAACGAGACACUUAUGUUAGGUAAUUUCCUUCCUGGGAUCUUCAGAAGAACCAUAGCUGAUAUUCCCGUUAACGGGUAUACCAUACCAAAAGGUUGGGUUCUAUUGAUUAUUCCCGCUGUCCUUCAUCUUGAUCCUAAUACCUAUGAAGAUCCUCUUGCCUUCAACCCUUGGAGAUGGAAGAACAUUGAGCGCAAUACGAUGGCAAAGAAAUUCAUACCAUUUGGUGGAGGGAAUAGGGCAUGUGCAGGAGCAGAGUUCAGCAGGGUUCUAGUUGCUGUCUUUUUACAUGUCUGGUUCUCCAAAUUCAGGUUGACCAAAAUUAAGGGAGGGGACGUGGCUCGUGCGCCUCUUCUGAUGUUUAAAAAUGUUUUUUAUGUUAAAGUUUCAGAAAAAUAAUACUAAUUAAUUGUUACUUAUAGAGACGUAUGCAUUAGAUAUCCGAUACUGUCUUGUCUUAACUUAAACUAGUUGGCUGCAAUAUUCAACCAAUCAUAAUAUUAAGUGCUCUGUUUAAAAUAGGGAUAAUGGCACGAAAGACCCUAUACUUAAGUGUUUGUUCUAGUGUAAUACCUAUAUUUUCAAAAUGUCCAAUUUAAUUUUUGUA